AUGGACGGGAAGAAGCUCGAGUACAAAGGUGAGGAGGCAUUGAAGGAGAUUGAGAGGCUCACUUCAAAGGCUGAUAAAGUUCAGCUGAACAUUUUGAAAGAGAUCUUAACCAGAAAUGUGGAGACUGAGUAUCUGAGCAAGUACAUGAAGGGAUCACAAGAAGUUGCAGAUUUUAAGAAGUGUGUUCCUGUCAUUACUUACAAGGAGAUCCAACCUUAUAUCCAAAGGAUAGCUAAUGGUGAAGACUCCUCUCUCAUAACUGGUCACCCAAUAACUGAAAUGCUAUGCAGCUCAGGAACUUCAGGAAGAGAGCCUAAGAUGAUGCCAACAAUCGCUGAAGAUCUCGACCGUCGAACCUUUAUCUACAAUCUCAUUAUGCCAAUUAUCAACCAGUAUGUUCCUGAUCUGGACAAGGGCAAGGCCAUGUUCCUCUACUUUGUCAAGGCAGAGAUGUCGACGCCGUGCGGCUUACCGGCACGGACAGUCCUCACCAGCUACUACAAGAGCAACCACUUCAAGUGCCGAGGCGAAGACCCUUUCAACAACUGUACUAGCCCUGACCAGACCGUUUUUUGCAACGACAGCAAUCAAAGCAUGUAUUGCCAGCUCCUCUCUGGCCUACUCCACCGCCAUCAAGUCCUGAGGCUCGGGGCCGUUUUCGCCUCAGCUUUUCUACGAGCCAUUUCGUUCCUCGAACGAAACUGGGUCAAUUUCUGCAAUGACAUACGAACCGGGAAGUUGGAUCCCCUGAUCACAGACCCUGAUUGCCGCAAAUCCAUGGCUAAAAUUCUCUCCUCACCUGAUCCUGACCUGGCUGACGAGAUCAGCAGCAUUUGUAGCCUUCAAUCCUGGAAGGGAAUUCUGUGCCAGCUAUGGCCUAAGGCUAAGUACAUUGAAGCCGUUGUCACUGGAUCCAUGGCGCAGUACAUACCGGCUUUGGAGUAUUACAGUGAUGGAAAGCUUCCAUUAGUCGGCACCAUGUAUGCAUCUUCAGAAUGUUACUUUGGUGUGAACUUGAAGCCCUUCUGUGACCCUGCUGAUGUGGCGUUCACCCUGAUGCCCAAUAUGGGGUACUUUGAGUUUAUACCAUUGGGAAGAGGAGAGAAUGGGACAAGCAGGGUGAUGGACAUUGAAGAGGAUGAGGAUGAGGAUGUGCUUAGUGACAAGCUUGUGGACUUGGUGCAUGUCAAGCUGGGCGGUUACUAUGAAUUGGUGGUAACAACCUUUGCUGGGUUAUAUCGUUAUCGUAUUGGUGAUGUGCUACAAGUCACCGGAUUUCACAAUCAAGCCCCGCAAUUCCGGUUCAUAUGUAGGAGGAAUGUUGUUCUAAGCAUCGACACUGACAAAACUAAUGAAGAGGACUUGCAUAGGAGCAUUACCGUGGCCAAAAAGUUGUUAGAGCCUUUCAAUGCUCUUCUUGUGGAGUACACGAGCUAUGCCGAUACGUCGCGCGUUCCAGGCCACUACGUAAUGUAUUGGGAGAUCGUACACCACCAUGGAUCGCUGUCACCGUCACCAACGGUGGACUCCUUGAUCAACAAUGUAGUCACGCCACUAGAUGAUAAGGUGCUCCAAGAAUGUUGCAUCGCAGUGGAGGAGGAGCUUGAUUACAUAUACCGUCGAUGCCGCUCGCACGACAAGUCUGUAGGGCCGCUCGAGAUACGUGUUGUGGAGCCUGGCACAUUUGAGGCAUUGAUGGACUACUUCAUCAACCAAGGGGGUUCCAUCAAUCAGUAUAAGACGCCGAGGUGUAUCAAGUCUAAGAAGGCUCUGAAGCUGCUUGAUUCUAAUGUUAAGGCUCGUUACUUUAGUCCGAGAGAUCCUCAUUGGAGUCCUAAAUAGUUACAAUAAUUAAGUGCUAAGUAAAGACACUGAAAAUAGGACUACUCUUUUUGUUAAUUAUCAUCUUUAGAGUACGUAAGUAAUAGCUAGUUAACCAAGAGAAUGCACUCAUGAUCGAUUAGUACGCUGUACGUAGCUACUGCUCUAAUGGGGCGAUGUAAACCUUGGUCUUUGCU